UACGCUCUCACUUUCAAUUUGAUGCACGCCUGAUUUGUAUUUAUUUCGGUACAUUCGUUUUUUUCAUGUCAUUAUCAUUGUUACGCUUGAUCUGCGAUCCUCGCUUUGAACGCAAACACUCAAUUUGUUCAUUUGAGUUUGAGCCGCGUAACUGUCAACAUCGUAACUGUCGGACAGGUGUCGCUACCGUUGGUUGUCGUAGUGUGUGAAAUUUAAAUGUUCAAGAAGAAAUUGUGUUAACGGCGCGAAUAAUCAUAAUACAAAUUAAAAGUUGGACGCAAAUGUUUAAUGUGGUUACACACUAUAAAUAGAAAUUAAAUUAUUCUUUAGCCAUUUAACUUUGGUGCACAGGUGUCGGCGUUUGUCAUGUCCAUCAAAGGUGUUUUGAGUCGCUGUCAGCCCGUACCGCUCUACGUGGUAUUGGGUCUAUCGGUCUGCUACUUUGUGCUCCAGCUGGUCCUCAGCCAUUUGACGCACGCACUCACGCUGCUCAUGGCUUCCUAUCACAUGUUGUGCAACAUUUUUGCACUCGCCGGUUGCAUUGUUACAAUUAAGUAUCGAAAACAGAACCAGUCUGUACGCCCGCUGCAUCAUGGCGCCGCCAAUCCUGCAGAGAAUAAAAUAUCCGUGGUGCUUACACUCAGCCAAAGCGAGGAGCAGCAAUUGGCGAAGCGUGAGUCGCGUGAGCAGAAGCUACGCAACACCUUUGGCUGGGCACGCAUCGAUAUUCUCACCAUGUUGAUUGUAUUCAUUAUACUGGCUUCGCUCUCCUUUUCGCUAAUUGUGGAGGCGCUGCAGACUUUGGUGCACAUUGACCACCAGGAUACGAUGCAUAUGCCGGUGCAGGUGCUUGUGCUGGGCUUUUUUGGACUGGUGCUUAAUGGACUGACCUAUCUGCUCAUUGGCGGUUAUACUUUGCAUCAGGGCAGCUUUUUGCAUCUGACGCCAGCUGGCAAUGUUGUGCUGGAUCGAUCCAUGUCCAGUCAUUCGGAUUUGGCCGCCAAGCCCAUGCAGCAAGCGUUAAGCAGGUCCAGCAGCAGUGAUCAGCAGCUGCGUCAGCAACUGGAGGCAGAUGGUGCCAAGGUUUACUUUGCUAGCAAGCGUCAGGGCGCUGUGGAAAUGCUGCGUGAUGUGUGCAGUACCAUCUUUGUUAUUGUCUGUGCGGCCAUUGUCUAUGUGGCGGAGGACGAACAGCAUACGGCGAAGUUCAUAGAUCCUGUGCUAUCAAUAUUCUCCUGCGUGCUGUUGGUUUCGCUGAGCUAUCCUUACAUGAAAGAAUCCUGCUUGAUUCUGCUACAAACCAUACCCGCCUCUAUUGAUCUGGAGAUCUUUGAGCGCACAUUGGUCAGCAAGUUUCCUGAAAUUGUUAGCUAUCAUGAUCUGCACAUCUGGCAACUGGCCGCCCAUAGUUAUGUGGCCACCAUACACAUACAGUUCCAGAAUCCCAAGCUGUAUCUGAAGAUCAUAGAGCAAGUGCGCAGCUAUUUCCAUGAACAGGGCAUCGCAGCCGUUACCAUACAGCCGGAAUUCCAUGCAUCAACCAACAAGAAUGCCUCGGCUUCCUUAGAGUGUCUGAUGCAGUGCCAGGCAGCUGAAUGCAUUGAGAAAGUUUGCUGUCGCGAUUCUCGCACGGAUCUGCGUGAAGUAAGCGAGAGUCCUGAUGGCAGCAAGGUCAGCAAAUUGAGAGUUAAAUCAUGUGCCGAACUAAAUGUAGUGGUGGUGGAGAAGCCACGAGAGCUAAGCGUUGCACAGCUCAUAAAACGUCAGGAGCAGGGAGCAACAGUCUGCGCCUCGCCAUCCAGCGUAUCUCUGCCGAACACAUCGACAAGAGCUGAGGAACCAUAAAUGGUUAUAGAUUUAAGUCUGCGA